AUGGCAGAAGCAACCACUAAGCACGAAAUAAACAAUGAGCUGGAGAAGAAGAGGUCUGAGGGCGCAGUCGACAUUGAAGCGGACCAGAAACUGGGCACCGUCGUUGAACUCGACGAGGCUGAGCUCUUCUUGCAUCAACAUGGCAUUCCCCACUCACGGUUGGCCGAACUGAUGGCCGAUGAGGCCGCAUUGAAGAAGCUGGGACGGAAAGUCGACUGGUCUCUUAUGCCGCUCCUGUGCGGUACAUACCUGCUUCAAUACGUGGACAAGCAGGCCCUCAGUUAUUCCGCCGUCUUCGAUCUCUUCACGUCCACCGGGAUGACCAGCAACCAGUACAGCUGGAUGGCCUCCAUCUUCUACCUCGCUUACUUGGUGGCGGAAUGGCCUGCCUCCUACCUCACACAGAAACUCCCGACCGGCACUGUGGUGAGCUGCUUCGUCAUCGCCUGGGGCAUCAUACUACUGUGCACCGCCGCGGCUAGCAACUUCGCCGGAUUAGCCGUGUGUCGUUUCCUCCUCGGCGUCUUCGAGGCUGUCAUCACACCUUCCUUCAUGCUCAUCGUCUCACAAUGGUAUAAGCGCGAGAAGCAACCGGCAAGAGCAGGAAUGUUCUACUGCUUCAAUGGAUUUGGCAGCAUGUUCGGCGGUAUACUCUUCUACGGGGUAGGCCAGGCCAAGGGCUGGGACGUGUGGCGAAUCAUCUACGUCCUGUGCGGUGGCAUGACCGUGGCAUGGGGUAUACUGCUGUUCUUUACUCUGCCCAACAAUAUCCUCACUGCGAAGCGGUUCUCAGUUGAGGAGCGGGCGAUGCUCGUAGCACAGAGCGCAAGCAACCGCGGAGGUGUGUUCACCCGCAAGAUCAAGCCCGCACAGAUAAAGGAGGUAUUCUGCGACGGCCAGGUCUGGCUGUUGUUCUUCUUUGUCCUCUUGAACGAGUGCGUCAACGGCGGUAUUGCCAACUUCUCCAAGCUGAUCGUCAAGGGCUUCACGGACGACGCGCUCCUCACCACGGCCUACGGAAUUCCUUACGGCGCUUGUACUGCUUUAUUCAUGUUCACUGGACCCUUCCUUGCAAGCAAGAUCAAGAACUUCAGAACUAUUGUCAUGAUGCUAUGGCUUAUGCCGACCUUGACGGCGGCGUGUCUCUUCUGGCUGUUGCCAAGAACGAACCGUGGUGGGCUCCUGGCUGGUUACUACAUGUGUGCCUCAUUCAUCGGUUCCCUCAUCGUAGCCCUACAGAUGCCAGCAUCCAACGUGGGCGGGUACACAAAGCGCACGACUGCUACGGCGUUCGUAUUUCUGGCGUAUUGUGCCGGCAAUAUUAUCGGGCCGCAUGCCUUCCUGAGCAAGGAAGCGCCGAUCUACCAGACAGGAUGCAAACUCAUUAUUGGGUGUACGGCGGGACAGAUCAUUAUUGCCGUUGCUUUGCGCCUCCUGCUGAUUUCUAGAAACAAAAAGCGAGACGCAGCGGCCGCCAGCCUACACGCUGCGGGGGUUGACGAUGAGGAAGAGGUGUUGUUGGAUCUUACAGAUUUUGAGAAUCCCAAGUUCAGAUAUUCUUACUAG